AUGUCUCGGAGGUCACGAAAACCCGCUGAACAGGCCUUUAAGGCUGAAGAACAUGCACCACCAGAACUGAAAACGCACAAGCAGAGGUGGAGCAACGAAGACAAUAGUGCAGGCGAGAGCAGUCGUUCUUUGCUUGAUCUUGAUCAGAAGGCGCUUACUGAUAUGGUGAAGGACAAGAACCUUGAUCUUUUGAGUCAAUUUGGAGGAGUUAAAGAUUUGGCUUCUACUCUUGGAACUGAUGUGAGGGGGGGAAUUGGCGGGGGAGAGGCUGAUUUGAUGCAUAGGAAAGAUGUUUUUGGAGCCAAUGUGUUUCAGAAGCCGCCUGCAAAACGCUUCAUGAGUUUUUUCAUUGAAGCAUUCAAGGACACAACCAUCAUAAUACUUCUGGUAUGUGCUAUACUCUCUCUAGGGUUUGGAAUUAAAAAGCAUGGCUUGAAAAACGGUUGGUAUGAUGGUGGUAGCAUUGUUCUUGCUGUCUUGUUAGUCGUUAUUGUCACUGCUGUCUCGAACUUCAAGCAGUCGAGGCAAUUUGAUAAGCUUUCGACCAAGAGUAGCGACAUAAGUGUUGAAAUUGUGAGAGCUGGACACGCCGUCCCAUAUCAAUAUUUGAUAUUGUGGUGGGUGAUCUUGUUUGCCUGA